AUGCCAUGGUUGCAGGACUGCACGCUUCUUCUGUUGCUGCAACACUUUGUUUUUGGCCAUGGAGACUUGGACCUUUCUGUCUUUUCAGGACAAGGCGGUGCCCCCCAAUCAGGGUCCAUCGUCCAUCCAGUGAAAACCAACGCUGACGGAGAGUUCCUCUCCCAUUCUCUGUCUCACCACUUCCAGCAUGGACGAGUCAAGCGAGAUCUCAGCUUAUUGGCAUGCGUUUACUACAAGCUCAACUAUACUGGUGGCUCUUUGACCCUCAAUUUGACGGAAAACCAUCAGCUGCUUUCCGACGACUACAUCCUGGAGAGUCGCAAUGGCAGCGCCAGCCAGACAGAGAGCCGGCGGACGCCAUCGGGGACGUCCUGUCACCUUCUUGGCACUGUGGAGGUGUCAGAUGUGAAAGGAACUGCUGCUAUCAGCACAUGUAAUGGACUGAGAGGCUUCUUCUCCCUCCCUGAGGGACACUUUUUCAUCGAGCCACUCCCAAAAUCUGCAAGCAAUCCCGCAGGUUCCCCAGAGCCGCACAUCAUCUCGCAGAGAGUUACCACGGUAACGCACAGGGAAAAACGCAGCGCCAAAGGAAAACAGACACCAAGUCCGUGUGGAGUAUCAGAUGCCGACUCAGUGCAGCAAGAAAGAGAGCGGGAGGAGUGGGAGAUGGAUCAGGGUUCAACCCGGUCCCGGCCCCGGCGCUCAGUCAGCAGAGAGCGCUGGGUGGAGACCAUGGUGGUUGCCGAUUCCAAGCUCAUCGAAUACCACGGAAGCGAUAAUGUGGAGUCCUACAUUUUCACCAUCAUGAAUAUGGUGGCCGGCAUCUUCCAUGAUGCCAGCAUUGGGAACGCUAUCCAUGUCCUCCUGGUUCGUCUGAUUCUACUACAGGGGGAAGAGAAAGACCUAAAGAUUGUCCACCAUGCAGACACCACUCUGUCUAGCUUCUGUGCCUGGCAGAAGAAUUUAAAUCCACAGAGUGACACGCACCCCGCCCAUCAUGACCUGGCUGUGUUGGUUACUAGGAAGGACAUCUGCGCUGGAAUGAACCAACCCUGCGAGACCUUGGGCCUGUCUCAUCUUUCUGGCAUGUGUCAACCGCACCGAAGUUGCAACAUUAAUGAGGAUUCAGGUUUACCGGUGGCAUUCACAAUCGCCCACGAGAUGGGUCAUAGCUUUGGAAUCCAUCACGAUGGCCAAGGGAACGACUGCGAGGUUGGAGGGAGGCACCCCUUCAUCAUGUCCAGACAGCUGAUGUACGACAGUUCGCCUCUCACUUGGUCGUCCUGCUCCAAAGACUACAUCACACGCUUCCUUGAUCGCGGUUGGGGUUUCUGUCUGGAUGAUCGGCCUUCCAAAAGAGAUCUGACCACCCCUUUGGCACGCCUCGGUGUUCGUUACACCCCGCACCACCAGUGCCAGCUCCAGUACGGGCCCAACGCCACAUUCUGCCAUGAGGUGGAUAACAUUUGCCAGAUUCUUUGGUGCUCUGUGAAUGGCUCUUGUCGCUCCAAACUGGACUCGCCUAUUGACGGGACUCGCUGUGGACCAGAGAAGUGGUGUAUCUCAGGCGAGUGUGUAAUUGUGGGCAAACUUCCCGAGACGGUCAAUGGAGGCUGGGGACAAUGGACAACAUGGUCUCAUUGCUCCAGGACUUGUGGAACAGGGGUUCAGUCAGCAGAGAGAGAGUGUAAUGACCCCAAGCCAGAGUUCGGGGGGAAGUACUGCACCGGGGAGAGGAAGCGCUAUCGGACAUGUAACACAAGACCCUGCCAGAAGGACAGUCCAACUUUUAGAGAGAUGCUAUGCAGCGAGUUUGAUUCUGUGCCCUACCAUAACGAGCUCUACAAGUGGAUUCCUGUGGCUAACCCCAUGAACCCCUGCGAGCUUCACUGCAGGCCCGACACAGAGUACUUUUCAGAGAAAAUGCUCGACACUGUGACUGAUGGAACCCCGUGCUUCAUGAACAACAACUCCAGAAACAUCUGCGUCAACGGAGUGUGCAAGGAGGUGGGCUGUGAUUAUGGUAUCGACUCAAACGCAGUGGAGGAUCGUUGUGGCGUGUGCUUGGGUGAUGGCACUAGUUGCAAGACAGUCUACAAGUCAUUUGAGAAGGGAGAAGGCUUUGGCUACGUGGAUGUGGGGGUGAUACCUGAGGGGGCCCGGGACAUCCUGGUGAAGGAAACUGAAGAGGCAGGUAAUUUCCUGGCUCUGAGGAGACAAGGAUCAGAAGACUACUUCCUCAACGGCAACUAUAUCAUCCAAUGGAAUGGGGAGUACCAAGCCGGUGGGACCACCUUCUAUUAUGAACGUGAUGGGAACAUGGAGAACCUUACUGCACCUGGACCCACCAAAGAGCCGGUCAUACUCCAGCUGUUGUUUCAGGAAAAGAACCCUGGCCUUAAGUAUGAGUACACUAUUAAGAAAAGCAAAGAGACAGGAAAUGAGGUCAUCAAAUCCGUGUACAAGUGGAAACAUGGCGCAUGGACUGACUGCAGCACCACCUGUGGAUUAGGUGAACAACACCAGCCUGCACGGUGCUUUGAGAUUGAUGUGGGCGUUGUGGAUGAAUCUCUCUGUGACCCAGAGAUGCGUCCAGAAGACAGACAUAGGAAGUGCAAGAACAUGGAUUGCCCUGCCAGAUGGUGGGUCGGAGGCUGGCAACAGUGCACUGCCGCCUGUGGAUCGGAAGGCUUGAGAACGCGCACGGUGCUCUGUGUCCGCACGGUGUUGAGUGAGGAAAGGGUGCUCCAUCCUGUGGAGUGCAAGCAUCUCCUGAAACCCAAACCUGUUGUACCGUGUAACAGGGAUGUACCAUGCGGACAGGACUGGGUUGUUGGAGUUUGGGAAGAAUGUCCAGUGACAUGUGGGGGAGGUGUUCGCUCUCGUACAGUGACAUGUGCAUUAGCACCCCAAAAAACCUGCGACCUCGUUACCAAACCACGCACCCGAUCACUUUGCGCUCUGCAUAGCUGCCCCAGUUCGAGUCUUCAGCGUCGACCUGGGCCUCCUCCUAAAUACCGUCGUGUUUACCCUCCAAAGAGAAACACAACUCAGACUUCCUCUACACCCAGGACUCCCACAAGUACCUCAGCCACAGCUACAACUACCACUACAUAUUCAACCGCUAAAAUCCCUCCCCUGAAUCAUGAAGAUCCUUGUGAAUUAAAAACAGAAACAGAAGAGGGAAUGGACACCGAAGAUGGAAGCACACCCAACGUGGUAAUGAGCGUUCCUGGUUAUGACUACAUCACAGAAGACAGGGCACGAGAAGAGGAGGGGAUCAUUGACCUGGACGUCAGUACUACUUGGUUGAAAAGUCCUCUUAAAUCAACCACAUCAGUGCCGCAAGUAAUCAUCACACCCAGUUUACAAACAAGUGGCUCUGGCUUGCACACAACCAUAGAAGCCACCACAUCCUCCUUUACCACACAUGCUACUGCCAAGAUCAGUCAUCACAGCACUCUUCGCAUCACUCCAUACACCCACAGGAUGCAUGGCAUUCCUCUAACUACUCCCAUGUUGAAGUUGCUGGGGAUCCUUAAUGCUGGUUUCUUCCCACGGAUGACUCCGUUUGAAGCUCACUGCGCUUAA